CGGGGCGGUUGGGGCUAGUGGCUGCGGCCAUGGAAUGGAGUUCCGAGUCGGCGGCCGUGAGGCGGCACCGCGGCGCGGCGGAGCGUCGGGAGGGCCCGGCGGCCGCGCCGCACCGGGAGAGAGAGGCCUCAGCGCAGGCGGACGCGAGCGGCGGCGGGAGGACGCGGAAGGGGAGCUCGGGGAGCGGAGGCGCGAGCCGGGGCGCGGGGACCGCGCUGUCCGAGGCGCGCACGGUGCUGGCGCUCGCACUGUACCUGCUCGCACUGCGGGCGCUCGUGCAGCUCUCGCUGCAGCGGCUGGUGCUGAGCCGGACCUCCGGGCUCCAGGGCGAGUUCGACGCUCGCCAAGCCAGGGAUUAUCUGGAACACAUAACAGCCAUUGGUCCCAGGACUACAGGAAGUACAGAAAAUGAAAUUCUGACAGUGCAGUACCUAUUGGAGCAGAUCAAACUGAUUGAAAGACAAAGCAGCAGCAUUCACAGAAUUUCAGUGGACAUACAAAGGCCUACAGGUUCCUUCAGCAUUGACUUCUUGGGAGGUUUUACAAGCUACUAUGACAACAUUACUAAUGUUGUGGUAAAGCUGGAACCCGGAAGUGGAGCCCAGCAUGCUGUACUGGCUAACUGUCACUUUGACUCGGUGGCAAACUCACCAGGUGCCAGUGAUGACGCAGUUAGCUGUGCAGUAAUGCUCGAGGUUCUCCGUGGCAUGUCAGUGUCAUCAGAACCCUUGCAGCAUGCUGUGGUGUUUCUCUUCAACGGUGCUGAGGAAAAUGUCUUGCAAGCCAGUCAUGGUUUUAUUACUCAACAUCCCUGGGCCAGUUUGAUUCGAGCAUUUAUUAACCUGGAGGCAGCAGGUGUAGGAGGGAAAGAACUUGUGUUCCAAACAGGCCCUGAAAAUCCUUGGCUGGUCCAGGCUUAUGUCUCAGCAGCUAAACACCCGUUUGCUUCUGUGGUGGCUCAGGAGGUUUUUCAGAGUGGAAUCAUUCCUUCUGAUACCGACUUCCGGAUCUACAGAGACUUUGGAAACAUUCCAGGAAUAGAUUUAGCUUUUAUUGAAAAUGGAUACAUAUAUCACACCAAGUAUGACACAGCAGACAGAAUUCUCAUAGAUUCCAUUCAGAGAGCAGGUGACAACAUUUUAGCAGUUCUUAAACACCUAGCUACAUCUGACAUGCUGGCCUCUUCGUCUGAGUAUCAACAUGGAAAUGUGGUCUUCUUUGAUGUGUUCGGCCUGCUUGUCAUUGCAUACCCUUCUCGUGUUGGCUCAAUAAUAAACUGCAUGGCGGUCAUGGCUGUUGUUCUGUUCCUGGGGAAAAAACUGCUGCAGCCCAAACAUAGGAAUGUUGACUACACAAGAGACUUCUUAUGCGGACUUGCCAUUACUUUCAUUAGCUGGUUCACGAGCCUUGUUACAGUUCUUAUUAUAGCAGUGUUCGUCUCUCUCAUUGGACAGUCUCUCUCAUGGUACAACCACUUUUAUGUUGCUGUUUGCCUGUAUGGGACUGCAACAGUGGCUAAAAUAAUACUCAUACAUACCCUUGCAAAAAGAUUUUAUUAUGUGAAUGUCAGCAACCAGUACCUGGGAGAGGUGUUUUUUGACACGGCGUUGUUUGUGCAUUGUGGCUUUCUUGUUGUUCUCACUUACCAAGGAUUUUGCUCUGCAUUCAUAAGUGCUAUCUGGGUAGCAUUUCCGUUACUCACAAAGCUUUGCGUGUACAACGACUUCAAGAAGCAUGGUGCCCAAGGAAGGUUUACUGCUCUUUACCUUUUGGGGAUGUCUAUCCCAUAUCUUUAUGGACUGUAUCUCAUCUGGGCUGUAUUUGAAAUGUUUACUCCUAUCCUUGGAAGAAGUGGUUCCGAAAUCCCUCCUGAUGUUGUGCUAGCCUCCAUUUUGGCUGUCUGUGUGAUGAUUCUCUCCUCCUAUUUUAUUAUAUUCAUCUACCUUGUGAAAAGCACAAAGAAAACCAUGCUGACCCUAACCCUGGUGUGUGUGGCCACACUGCUCCUCGUCUGCUGUGGAGCCUUUUUCCCAUAUAGCUCCAACCCUGUGAGUCCAAAGCCAAAGAGAGUGUUCCUUCAGCAUAUGAGUAGAACUUUCCAUAACUUGGAAGGAAACGUAGUAAAAAGAGACUCUGGAAUAUGGAUCAAUGGGUUUGAUUACACUGGAAUGUCUCACAUAACACCUCACAUUCCUGAGAUCAAUGACACAAUCCGAGCUCACUGUGAGGAGAAUGCCCCACUCUGUGGCUUCCCUUGGUAUCUUCCAGUACACUUUCUGAUCAGGAAAAAUUGGUAUCUUCCGGCCCCAGAAAUUUCUCCAAGAAAUCCUGCUCAUUUCAGACUUAUCUCCAAAGACAAGACACCAUGGGGUUCUAUAAAGUUGACCUUUGAAGCAACAGGACCAAGCCACAUGUCUUUCUAUGUUCGAACCCACAAAGGAUCAACACUUUCUCAGUGGUCUCUUGGCAAUGGCAUUCCAGUCACAAGCAGAGGAGGGGACUACUUUGUGUUUUAUUCUCAUGGACUCCAGGCCUCUGCAUGGCAGUUCUGGAUAGAAGUACAGCAGGUGUCAGAAGAACAGCCAGAAGGAAUGGUCACGGUGGCCAUUGCUGCACACUAUCUAUCAGGGGAAGACAAGAGAUCUCCUGAGCUUGAUACUCUGAAAGAGAAGUUCCCGGAUUGGACAUUUCCCUCUGCGUGGGUUUGCACUUACAGUCUCUUUGUGUUUUAAUUGUGUGGAUGGGCUUGGGGGCAUGUAAAUGCCCCUUGGACAUUCCAUGGGACAGUUUCUCUCCCAUGUCAUAUGGAUAUUUGUAACACAAGUCAAUGAGUUUUAGUGAGCAUAUGUUCAAAGAGCUUUUGGAUUAAUAUUCUUCAGGGUCAAGUACCAUAUGGGUUAAACUUUGGGAUAGUGAUGCCUGGCCUUUUUGUCACUUGAAAAUUCCAGUUUUCAGGCACGUAAGCACAUGUGGAUACUGCCAUUUAUACAUGUCAGUUGUAUGACUGUAAGGAUUCAGCAACAUACCACUUCAGUAGCUUUCCUUUGAGGAUCAAGAAAGAUGUACAGUUAGACUACUGUUAAUGAAGUAGGUUAUCA